AUGUCCAAGACCAGUCCUCCUAUGGAUGGUAUUCUGGUUGCUCCCCACGUUGGUCUUCUUGGCCGUCUCCUUCUCGCUCCCAUCGCCGUUGCACGUUUCGUAUAUACACUUUAUAUGUUCACUCAUUCCGACAUGCAAACGAUCAUGUUGCCCAUUACGACUUUUGCCUACAUCUCUGUGCCGUCUACGUCAGUUGAGCGAAUGGCCCAGGCUGUAUUGUGGACGUGGCUACACCUUCUCCAAUGCUGCGUCUACAAUCAGAUUUACUCUAUUCCCGAGGAUGGAGACAAUAAGCCGUGGCGUCCGCUCCCUGCAGGCAGGAUGACUGUCCAACGGGCCAAGUAUCUCAGGUGGACCCUUUUAGCCAUAUGCUUUGCUCUGUCCGGGCACUAUGGAGUGUUUGAAGCCGGAGCGGUGUUUACGGUGGCAACGUUGCUAUACAACGAAGGGGGGCUCGACUCCCACUGGGAGACGCGAAACCUGUUGAAUGCGUUGGCAUAUGCCGCGUUCGAUACAGGCGCAAGUUCUAUUGCAAGGCUAGACCGUGACUCGGCGCUAUCGACGAUCAUUACCAGUGCGCAGUGGUACCGCAUCCUCAUCAUCCUAACGACCAUCCACGCGUCAGACUUCCGAGAUGAGGUGGGCGACAGACUUCAAAAGCGGCGAACGAUCCCUGUCGUGAUGCCUGGGUUCGGACGUCUGUCCAUGCCGAUUGGGUUAAUCGCAUGGUCGUAUGCGGUGUUUACUUUACCGAGAUGUCCGACGAGCUUAUCCUCGGCGAUACUUAUACUGGGAACAGUCGUCGGAACUCGCUUCUGCUAUCUCAAAGACGCACCAGAGGAUCGCACGUCAUACUUGCUCUACUGUAGGCUGUACUCUUUUGCGACCAUGGGUCAGGUUAUUGCUCCAUUCAUAAUCGCUGGCGCGCUCUUCACCACAGUCGCCAGCUUCAUCAAAAGCUUACAGGGCGAUUCCGAAUCCGGCAACAUUGGACCGAAUCCCGUUAUGGAGGAGCUGGAAAGACGAAUGGAGGAGGAGAAGCAGAAAGCAGAAGAGGCGAACAACGAGCGACUGAGGGCUGAAGAGCAGCAGAAGGCUGCUGAAGAGGCGAGUGCGAGAGCCGCUGAAGACGCCAGGAGGGCCGAGGAAGAGAGAGUGCGCGCAGACGAGGCGAGAGCACGCGCUGAAGAGGACGCGAGGCAGGCAGAAAAAAACAGACGCUUCGCAGAGGAAGAACAGCGGCGUGCGGAGGAGCACCGAAGGAGGGCGGAUGAGGAAAGGCGCGCGGCAGAGGACGCGAGGCAGAGGGCAGAGGAGAAUGCGCGUCGCGUCGAGGAAGCGCGCAACUUGGCCGACGGAGCGAGGCAAACGGCAGAAGACAAUGCGCGUCGUGCGGACGAAGAUAAGCGACGAGCCCAGGAGCAGAGGUUGAGGGCGGAAGAUGAAAAGCGGAUUGCCGAUGAGGCAAAGGCAGCUGCAGAGGAGCAGCGCCGACAGGCGGAGGCAGAUGGGCAACGGAGCGAAGCUCUACGCAGGAGAGCUGAUGAAGAUGCAAGGCGAGCCAAGGCCGAGCAGGAGAAGGCGGAGAUAGCCAGAGCAGCGGCCGACAAAGCGGCCGCCGAGGCCAAGGCAGCAGCUGAGGAGGCGCACAAGGCGUUGAAAGACGGUAUCAAACCCGUCAUCAUGCCGACGCGCGGAGAGUACGAGGCGGCCAAGAAACGUUUACAGUACAAGGACGGUAUCUUCCACUUCGCUAUUGCCGGCAUCUCUGGCAGUGGCAAGUCGUCGCUGAUCAACGCUUUCCGCGGUCUGCGCAACGGGUCGCGCAAUUCGCUCGUCGCAAAAACAGGUGUCACCGAGACCACCAGUCGGAUCGCUCGCUACGCUGACCCAAACAAAGCCAAUCCCUUCGUUUGGUAUGACGUCCCUGGCGCAGGUACGCUCAGCAUACCCGACUGGGUGUACUUCAACGAGCAGGGCUUGUAUAUCUUUGAUUGCAUCAUCGUCCUCACCGACAACCGUUUUAUGCAGACGGACGAGGCAAUUCUGCGCAACUGUGCGCGCUUCCAGAUCCCCUCGUACAUCGUGCGCUCAAAGUCGCUGCAACACAUACAGAACAUUCUGAACGACACGCCAUACGACGAGGAUGAAGAUGAGGAUGAAGACGUACGCAUGGGGAAGGCGAUCAAACAAUACGUCGCCGAGACGAGAUACAGCGUCGCGCAGAACCUUGAAAAGGCUGGACUACCGCAGCAGCGGGUCUACGUCGUGGACAAGGAGACGCUUGUACAGGUCACAAGUGGCAAGGAGCCGAAGACCCUCCUAGAUGAGCUGGAAUUGGUGAAAGAUUUGCUCGCAGAGGCACGACGAAGGAGGGUGAGGAAGCCAGUUUUCAAGCCAGAGGCGUCAGAUCCGGUGGCAUCUUCGUCGUCGACGGUUUUGGCGACUACAUAG